AUUGGUUGCUCCUCUUCCCAUGCGAACGAAUGCGACACAGUAGCUGUCGAUCGAUUACUCAUAUAUGAUCUACUUGUGACUUUUCGUUACCCCCAGUUAAACCAAGGAUGGAUGGCUGAACUAUUAGCCCGUCGUCGGGAUAUCAGAUUCGCCCUCAGCGGCAGCCCCUAUCCAGAUACGCUUUGGACAACAAGACUUUGUCCAGCAUGGGACGAGUAUAUAUAAAUGAUCAUGGUAGCAAGAUAUAUCAAUAAAGCCAGUCUCAAGCAUCUCAACCAUUCUUCUCUCGUCUCCUACGUGAAGCUCUAGUAGCCAAGACAUUGCUACCCUACAAGUAUCAUCGAUCUCUUAUCGAAAUAUCUUAAAUUCGUGCUUUGUCCAAUAUGUCGCAGUCCCAAGUUUGGCUCAUCACCGGCGCUUUGCGCGGCCUAGGGUUCGACAUGGCCAAAACCGCCCUCAAAGCUGGCCACAAAGUCAUCGGGUGCUACCGCACCAAGGGGCAACAAAGCACGUCGAAUUGGGAUGAACUCGAGGCACUUGGCGGUAUCUGGACGCAGUUAGACGUGUCGAGCGAUGACGCCGAGGCCAAAGUCAAGGCACUCGUGUCCCAGUACGGGAGAAUCGAUGUACUGGUCAACAACGCAGGCUACGCUGUUUUAGGAAGCAUUGAAGAUGUCCCCCUUGAUCAAGUACACGCCAUCUUUAACACCAAUUUCAUUGGCACGCUACGAACCAUCAAGGGCGUAUUGCCGUCCAUGCGUGAGCGCAAGACCGGCACGAUUGUGAACAUUAGCUCCUCCAUUGCCAUUGAUCAUGUGCCAGGUCUUGGCAUCUACACUGCUACGAAGUGCGCCAUGGAAGGUUAUACAGAGACUCUACAAGCGGAGGUUGCUGGGUUCGGUAUCCGGAUUCUUCUCGUAGAGCCUGGCGCCACGGUUACGGAAUUCGCUUCCACAACAGGUAGCGGCGUUAGAAUAGAUUUAAGCGAGCCCUACGCGAGCGGCGGCAUCGUCAAGCAGAUGGCAGAUUUUCUUUCCAGCCCGGAAUAUGCUUCAAUGGGUGCGUCCUCCAUAGCUGUUGCAGAGCGAAUAGUCGAGACUAUCGAUGGAACAGGCAUUAUGGCUAGUAAGGAAGUUGGCCUUCGCCUUCCGCUUGGCAAGGAUACAGGUGCUAGCUUUGAGAAGAAGUCUGCCGCGUACGCAGAUGUAGCAGAAAAUCUCAAAGACGUCUGGAGUAGUGUUUGAAAGUGACACGUCAAACUCAAGUCUGAAGAUCUAAAUGCCUAUCGCUAUCCACAUUAUAUCAAAGCCCUCUGUUGGCAUAAUUGUACUAUAUCAACCAACUAGACUCUCAAUUUGAUCACCUAC